GCUCUAGCUUUACUUUACCAAGUUGGGCUAGGCCCGCCGCUAGUUGGGCAACUUGAAAACGGCCGGAGCUCGAUGCGUUUUAGACAAUCUCCACCUGCCCACCUGCAACUGCAAGCGGAUGCACCGCCGCCUUGCCACCGCAGCCGCAUCGCCCGCGCUCCGGCGCUUCUCGCACCACAGCGUCCCUAUAGGGAACAGUGCCAGGUGUAGAAGAGCUAAGAAGCGGUCUUGCUCUUGCUGGAGACGCUCCGGCAGCUGUGGAUAUAGCGCAUCCGUGGCCGCAGUGGGUUGCGCUGAUGGAACUCCUCCUCCGUCGGGGCCAUGUUGACCCCUCCGCCUUCGCCGCCGCCUCGCUGUCUUCUAAGCAUGCCAACGCUGUCCGCACCGCCUGCCUCCGAUUCGGGCGCCAGCGACCGGAGCUCAUCCGGCAUAUAUCAAGAUGUGAUAUUCAGGUUGCCCUACGAUGUGGUUGUCCCAGCAUUGACAGGAAGGUUGUAAACUCUGGGAAGCGACUGCGGGCUUAUGUAGGGCUUGUUGAAGGAGAGCUUGCAAAGAAGCUUCAUCCAGACACGAAUAAAGGUGAUGCGGAUGCAGAACCGAAGUUUCAAGAGGUUCAGCGAGCUUAUGAGUUCUUUAGGAACAUUUUCAGGGAUAGGGAUUUUGGAAGCCAUGAUAUUAAGGUGAUUUCUGCACUCAUUUUCGCUGUACAUUAAGCUAUACCCUGUGAAUUGCGGUUCCAUUCCC